UUGUGAAUAUACACGUUGUUGGCCCUUAGAAUGAAUCUUGUUCUCAGUUGCUUUAUAGCCACUCGUCUCUUAUAAUCACUUACUUUUUUUGCCAUCUGCUGAUGCAUGCAUUAAAUGAACGCGCUAGUUUUUGUGAAAUUAGGCUACACGAUGAUGAUCGUGGUGAUAUUGCUAAUGUUUUGGGCGUCAAUGGUGAGAAUGCACGAACUUCCGGUACAAUAUCCACCAUGUUUUUUCAAUCCAUUGUGCACAUGUUCAAAAGCAAUUCCAGAUUUAGGAAUUGUGUCGUGUUAUAAUGUGCCGAUGCGACGAAUUCCUCACCCCAUUAAUGCAUCAAAGGUCUUCAUGCUACAGCUGGAGAACAACGGGCUUCGUUCCCUUCAACCGCAAUUCCUUCUCAAUACCGGUCUCUACAAGCUGCAGAUCAAGUAUAAUCCCAUAUCGGAUGUACCGGACGAGGCGUUCCUAGGGCUUGAAAGAUCGUUGUGGGAGCUUGAAUUACCCUACAACCGUCUCGCGAGAGUACCAAGCAAAUCGUUUAGACAUUUACAAAAGCUCCGAUUGCUUGAUUUGACAGGUAAUCAGAUCUCGCACAUUGCUCCUGACAAUUGGCGUGGUCUUGAGAAUUCAUUGCAAACAUUACGUCUUGGUCGUAAUGCAAUUAAUAAAUUGCCAGCUGAUGCAUUUGCUGGACUUGCCUAUUUAGAGGUAUUGGAUAUACGUGAAAAUAAUUUAAAGGACAUUGAUCCAUCGGUAUUUCGCGAUGGAAUGGCACAUUUGACACAUUUAUAUUUAAAUGACAAUCAAUUGACAAAUAUUCCAUAUUCACAAAUGUCGUCAUUAAAAAAAAUGAAAGUACUCGAUUUAAGUUAUAAUCGAAUAACAAAAAUGAUACAACCACAAAUGGAAAUGGAAAUACGUGGUGUUCAAUUAUCACUUGAUGUAUUGAGAAUGGAUUACAAUCAAAUGCAACGUUUGGAAAUGGGUUCAUUUCAACAUUUUUUUAAAGUCAACAAAACAUAUUUAAAUGGAAAUCCCAUCACUGUUGUUGAGGAAGGUGCAUUUCGUGAUUCACGAAUUCACGAGCUUUACUUCACAGACUGUGAUUUAUUGGAAGUGAAUUCCGAAAAUUUUGCCGGACUUGAAUCAUCAUUGGAAUUAUUGGAUUUAUCGGGCAAUAAUAUUACCGAAUUGCCACCGCAUCUUUUUCAAGAAUUUGACUUUUUACGAACGCUCAUCUUUAGGGAAAAUAACAUUGACUCCUUUGCCCCAGCCACAAAUAAUGUUUCAGAAGUAUUCAAUGGCUUUCAAUAUUCACUUUACAAUUUGGAUUUGAGUGGUAAAAAAAAUUCAAUGGUUGCACUGCAAAAUUUACGACAAAUGAGAAAUCUUCGUUUUUUGGCAAUAUCAAUGAUGCCAUUAACAUCAUUGUCACCUGAUGAUUUCUCUGAAUUUGGAAUGGACGUUAAAGAAUUACAUAUUAUACAAAGUAAUAUGAAUACAAUAAAAAGUCAUGCAUUUAUGCAUAUUCGUGGAAUUAAAUUUUUGGAUUUUUCUGAAAAUUCUAUUUCAUCAAUUGAGGAAGACGCAUUUUCCGAGGUUGGACAUUCGUUGUUGACUUUGAAAAUUGCUCAUGGCCUUUCAACAUCGAUAAGUGAAUUACCAAGUAGACCAUUUAAAUUUUUGACAAAUUUACAACAUCUCGAUUUUAGUAAUAAUCGAAUUAGAUCGAUGCCCGAUACAUCUUUUCAUUUUCUAAAGAGAAUUAAACGAAUUGAAAUGCAGGACAAUGAAAUUGACAGUAUACGCAAAGGAACAUUCCAAGGUGACAUUCAUUCGAGUUUAGAGGAAGUCUUUUUUGAAUAUAAUCAAAUACAGGCACUUACAACACAUACAUUUGUCGAUUUAAUAAUGUUAACCACAAUUAAUUUGCAAGAUAAUAUUAUCGACAGAAUAGAAAGGCGAGCAUUUAUGAAUAUGAAUCGAUUGAAGUACAUUAAUUUGCGAGGAAAUAAAAUUAGAAGCAUUGCAGACGAGGCAUUUCAGAAUCUGCCAGAUUUGGAAUUUUUAGACUUGGCUUACAAUGAUUUAAAUGAAUUUGACUUUAAUUAUUUCGAUCAAGUGGGAACUCUCUCGUCAUUUAAAGUAAACGUCAGUCACAAUGAAAUUUCUCAUUUGUCAAUGAAUGCCUCAAUGUAUACAUCAACAAUAAACAUGGGAAGUAUAUUGAACUCAAAUAUCAAAGUAUUGGAUUUAAGUUUCAAUAAUAUAACAGAUAUUGUAAAAAUGUAUUUUAGACCUGUUGAAUAUUCACUAACGCACCUUUAUCUAUCGCACAAUGAGCUCAAUAAUGUAACGCAAGGUGUUUUUGGUAAUAUGCCACAUCUACAAUGGCUUGAUUUGAGUUACAAUGAAUUAAUGGAAAUUGACUUUGAUUGCUUUAGAAAUACAAAAAAUAUUCAAGUAUUAUUUUUAUCGUGGAAUAAUAUAAUGGAUAUACCAGCUGAAACAUUUCGACAAUUAAAAAAAUUACGAAUUGUUGAUCUUUCACAUAAUCGACUUCGCACGCUACCAGAUAAUUUAUUUAAUGAGGCUUAUAUCGAGAGUUUGGAUCUCUCGCACAAUCAAUUUAUGAGAUUGCCAAUAAAGGUUAUGUCAAUGACUGCUGCCGCCAGUCUUUCGUCAUUGGAUCUCUCGUGGAAUUUAUUAUCGGGUGUUCACAGUACCGAUGCCAUUUUUAGGUUAAGGGGAUUGACAUGGUUGGACCUUUCUUACAAUCGAUUAGUAAGACUGGACGAUGGAAUAUUUUCGGAUUUACACAAUUUGGAUUAUUUGGAUUUAAGCCAUAAUAAACAAUUAAUUUUGGAACAACGUGGACGAACUUUUCAUGGUUUGGAAGAUUCCCUUUUGUUUCUGGGACUUAGCAAUAUUUCACUACUUAGUGUUCCUGAUCUACCUUUUCAUCGACUUCAAACUCUUCAUUUGGCACACAAUGAAUUGGCAUCAGUACCAGCGGAAAUGGCGGCAAAUUUAACAAGUCUACGAUAUUUAGAUUUAAGUUACAAUGAUUUAACGGUAGUUCCACUCAUCACUCAUGCACUUCCAGAAUUAAAAUCAUUUAAUUUGGCCUACAAUCCAAUUACAAUUAUCACUAACACAAGUUUUCUGGGUGUUGCCGAUAGUCUCGAAGAAUUGGAUAUUCGAGGCUUGACUCUAUCGAUUUUUGAGGCAGGAGCUCUUUGUAAAGCAUCGAAACUUCGAACUCUUCUCAUAACUGCAUAUACGGAAAUAAAACGUUUUAAUUUUCCAAAUCUUCUUGAAUAUAAUCAUGGACUCAAGAAUUUGUUUAUUCAUGUGCAUAAUGAGACAAGUCUCGAGAAAGAAAUGAAGGGAAAAUUUCCAGUAAAACUUUAUAAUUUCACAUUUAGCGGUCGUAAUUUCAAACAUUUGCACAACGAUAUUUUGAUGGGAAUGAAAAGUCCACAUUUACAUUUUGGUCUUCGUAAUACAAGUAUCAGUACAAUUCAUCGUGAUUUAUUCACGAAUGCAAUUUCUGUGAGAAAUAUUACAAUUGAUCUUUAUAAUAAUGAUGUGAGAACAUUGAUGAAUCCAUCGUCUGCUCAUAAGCCAAGUGUGCCCGGAAAAAGAUUUCUCAUGAGGCUCAGAAUGGCCGGAAGUCAUUUAAAUUGUGACUGCGAUAUUGGAUGGAUUGAAAUGUGGCAACGAAAGCACAGACAAUAUCAAGAGGAUCGUUGCAAUUCACAUUAUGAAUUAACGAAUUAUGAACGCGAGGAUGACAGCGAAUUUAAUUGUUGGGACAAUGGUUGGGACGAUGAUUUAAGGGAAACAUUUUGUAUGAACAAAAAUAAUAUGACAGUUUCUGAUGCUCUAAAAAAAGAUCUCGAAUGUGGAUGGAGUUCAGCUUCAUCAUUUUAUAUUUCAAAUUUUUCUCUUUUCAUUUUUAUCAUACCUCUAAUUUUCACUUAUUAAAUUAUUAAUUUUGUUUUUUUUUUUUUUUAUUUUUUUAAAUUUUAAUUUAUUUAAUUUUUUUUUUUUCAAUUUUCACAGGUUAAUAUUUUUAUAAUCGUUUCAAAAUAGAUUAUAAUAUUUAUUUAAAUGAGGAAAUUUUCCACAAAAUUUUCAUAUUUAUCUGUACAAUUAUUACUGAUAAAUUAGUUGUUAAUUAAAAUUAAUUACAAUUAAAAGUUGAAAUUUAAAAAUUAUUUCAAAUUUUUUUUUUUUUUUGUUAUAUUUUAUUUUUUAUAUUAAAACAAAUAAUAUCAAAAUAAUUUUUAUUUAUUUAAUUAUAUUUUAAUAUAAUUCAAUUUAAAUAUAAUUUUUUUUUAUAUUCUUCUAAAAAAAAAAAGUAAUUGAAUUUUUUCACAAAGAAAAAAAUUUUUCCCGUUAGUUUCCAAUCUAUGUUCAGUCGAUAAUGUAGGUGUAGAUGGCGCCAUUGAUUAAUUUUUUAACUCAAAUGAAAAAUUGCGCGCGACUUUAAUAUUAUUAUUAAUUUAAUAAAUUUUUAACUACGAAA